CCGUUCAGUACAACUAGUAGUCCCACAUGUGACGUGCGUAGUGGUGCGCGGGAGUGUGGGAGACACGUUGGCACACAGACACAGCCGCGCACCCAAACAACACAGAUUACUCUUGCUCUCGUGCAUCAUAUCACCACACACACACACACACACACACACUCAGCGAUGGAGACAUUCACCCCAAGUCGAGUCCCCGUGGCGGUGACCCUCGUGUUCUAUAUGCUGGGAAACGCCAUUCUGCUUCCUUGGAACUUCUUCAUAACGGCCGAGACGUAUUGGCAGUACAAGCUCCGCAACACCACCCUGGACGAUGUUAGUGGUGAUGAAGGUGAUGCCACCGCCCCCCUCACCCCCCUACAACGCUCCUUCACCCCCACCCUCGUCAUCGUAUCAAACGUGUUUUCUACCCUGUUCUUCUUCGUCACGUCCGCUGUUGUGAAAAGGGUGAGCGAGGGGGUCCGCAUCUACGGUUCCCUUGGGGCGUCCCUCGUGGCCAUGCUCAUCAUCACUUUGCUCACCUUCAUCAACACCGACGAAUGGCAGCAAGGGUUCUACGUCAUCACCAUGGUCGUCGUGGCAGUGCUGAGCAUGUGCAUGGCGGUCACUCAGGGGUCCGGCUCGGGUCUGGCCGGGCUGUUCCCUCCCUCGUGCAUGGCAACCCUCAUGUCUGGACAGGCCUUGGCGGGCGUCAUCUCGUCCCUCGCCCGCAUCUUCUCCCUUCUCGCCGGCGAGGAGCCCAUCACCAGCGGCCUCGUCUUCUUCGCGAUUUCUGACGUGUUCUUGGUGGCUACCCUCGUCUCCUACUGGUACCUAAGGCGCAUGAACUACUACAAAGGGAUUAAAAAUAAUAUAGCCUCGAUAAAGGAAGGAGAGAGAAAAAAGAAUGAUGAUGACGACGAUAGGGACGGAAGGGAAGGAGGAGGAGGAGGAAAGAAAAACAAAGAAGAGAGCGACUGGAGGACGUAUUUCAGGGUCUUUGUAAAGAUCUGGCCCAUGGGCGUCACCGUGGCCCUGGCGCUGCUCAUCACGCUCGCCGUCUUCCCCGCCGUCGUGGUCUACAUCACCUCCACGCUGCCAGAGUCACGCUGGACGGAGGUGUUCUUCCAGCCCACCGUCACCUUCCUCCUCUUCAACGUGGGGGAUGUGCUGGGCCGAGAGUUGACGCGGUGGUUGAGAUGGCCUGGCCCCAAGGGGUGGCCUCUCCACGUGGCGGGGGCGUGCAGGGUGGUGUUCAUCCCCCUGCUGAUGCUGUGUCACGGGGACAACAAGACCUUCCCGACCGUCUUUGACCACGACGUCUACUACAUCAUCUUCAACCUCCUCUUCUCCAUGACCAACGGAUACAUCAUCACCCUCACCUUUAUCUACUACCAGACACUGGUGGAGGAAGACGAGCUGGAAAUGGGCGGCGCCAUCAUGGUGGCGUUGGUCGGGGUUGGCCUCGUGGCGGGCUCCCUCAUCUCGCCCGGCCUGGUGGCGUGGUGGGGGCCACAGUGAGGGGAAGGGGAUGCUCUCUCUGUCUCUCUGAAGUAGACGUGUGUGUGUGUAUAUAUAUAUAUAUAUAUAUAUAUAUAUAUAUAUAUAUAUAUAUAUAUAUAUAUAUAUAUAUAUAUAUAUAUAUAUAUGUGUGUGUGUGUGUGUGUGUGUUUAAGGUGAUGAAUUACAUGGAUGUCUACCUACCUCUGUAAAUAUUUCAUGACACUGCUUUAGUAUAAUUUUAUCACUGUGGUGUAGUCUAUUGUGUACCCCUAGAAAUAAUAUUUUAUUAAAUAAACUGAUGUCUGAAUAA